AGUGCGCUAAAGGGCUCGGCUGUUACGUCAUGUUGGCCGCACCUACUACAGGAAGAAGUGCUGGGAUAGCGGCAACUUUACAAUCACAAAGGAUGGCUACAACAUAUGCGGUAGAUUUGUAGGAUUAAAGUGUUCGUGCUGUUGUAGACUAUGUAAGGCAUUGGUGUCGUGAAUGAGUCUAUGACGGUGACAGUUUUGGAGUGUGAAGGACUGGCUUUGUUAUCGUUUGUGCUCUGACUCAGUCAAGCUAACAUUAACAUACGCUGAGCGUCAGAUCUAUCCCCUUUGUGUUCUCUGGUCUGUCGACUACAAGGUUAGUAAUCUUAUAAUAAUCUAAACUGCAGUGACAGCCACAGUGUCACGUGGUUUUGUUUUUUUAUCAAUGUCAUUUUCAACUCAUUAGCAAGUCAUUGGCCCUCUACCCCCCCCACCCCCCCUCUCUAGACUGGGGUUAAAAUCCUAGUCAGUGGUAUUGUGUAUUGACUCGAAUAGGUGUAAUGUAAUAACAUGAACUGUACAAACAUUAACAAUGUAUAACACAGUGGUAUAAUGCAGAUUUAAACCCAGAAAACAUCAUCCUGUUAUCUUGCAGACCUUGAUAUGUCUAAGGAGGCGGACCACCUGGAGUCUGGGGGAGACAAAGACUUAAAUGAAGACAGGCAACAGGAUGCUACUGAGGAGUCAGUAAAGAAGAGGGUCCAAGCAAAUAGUCCAAGCAAAGAGAAAACACCUCAAGGUGACUAACAACUUGAUGAAACAGAAUAAUGGACCAAUAAGUGUCUGAUAAGAAUUCCAUAUAGCUAUUGGCCUACCUGUAUACAUACUGAACACAUUUAUUAGACCACUUACAAACAUGAGAACCUGAAUAUUUCAAAAACUAUUUUAAAACUGAUAUUUGCUAAAUAACAAACGGAAACAACCAAAUUGUAAUUUUUCACACACACAUUUGUAUAUAUAUAUAUAUAUCUUUAUAUAUUGUACAACCUCCUUUCGUCUUGAUAACAUAUUGAAUUCUCAGUGGCAUUAUUUUUAAGUAUUUUUCGUCUCUUUUGUCAUUGAUUUCCAAAUAGUUUCUAGUCGUCUCGACAGACUUGCUUUGGAUAAAACUAUUGUGUGCUCAAUCUUUGAAUCUAUUCAACUCCAAAUUUAUUCAACAGGAUUCUAAUCUGGUUUUUGACUUGACCUUGGUCAGCUCCAGUACUCCAGACCCCCUUUUCUUGGUCAGAUAGUCUCUACACAGCUUUGAAGUGCGCUUGGGGUCCUUGUCUCAGUGGUGUAUGAACCCAUGGCCAAUCAGAUCCAGUCCAGAAGGGACUCCAUGAUGCACUAAGAACUUGUGGUAGAAGAUUUUGUUCAUGAUGGCAGUGAUUUUACCUAAUUUGCCCACAUCAUUUCCUCAAAUGGAACCCUAUACCAUAAUGGUAUCUCCACCAUGUUUCCCUGUGCCAUGUAGCUAGCAUCAAAAUGUUUUUCAGCUUUUCUGCAGGCUAAAACCAAAGACUUGAAACUUUUCAGUCACCAGUGUACCUUCUUCCAGUCAUCAGCAGUCCGGUGUUUGUGCUCCCUGAUUACUCAGAGGUAUUUCUGGAUGUUUGCAGGCCUCAGCAAUGGCUCCUCUGAGAAGUCAGAUAUUAACCAAGCAUAACAUUAGACCACUAAAACAAAUUUUUCAGUUAAGCAAUGCAAGUAAAUAACCAUAGUUUGACAUCUUGAUCAAGAAAUUAUAACAUACUUAAAACAGUAAAUUCUAAAAUUCAUAGAUCAUGAUAACAAUUAUACUGUAUUUUAGCUUCAAAAAUAUCAUUUUGUUUAAAGAGCUUCUACUUAUUCCCAGUUGAGGUUGGAUGUAGGGGCUUCUCAGCACAGUCUGUGUGGAAGACGCUUACAGCUUUGGGAAUAGCAGAAAGGAAGAGGAGGGCAGCUGUCUGUAGGUAAGAGGAGGCAGCAGAAAGAGCGUCUUGCUGGCUCUGGAGGCGGAGCGAGGAGUUGAGCUGGGGGCAAGGAGGAGAUGAGCAGUGACUGGCUACCACUGCCGACCUGCGAACUGGAGGGUGUUGUGGUUCAAGGGUCAAAACAUCCGGUAAAAGUUGGACACCGCCUGGUGACUGGCUGAAAAGUUACAGUCUUGUAGAGGUGACUAAGUAGACAGCAUUAACACAGAUGUAUUACAUAGUAAAUAAAGAGCAGACUGCACCAGAGGCUGAUAAUGCAGAGGGAGGUGAGAUAGAAAUUGGUGAGAUAACUCAGUUGUUGGACAUUUCAACAUGAUUUAGAUUACAGGGGAAGACUCAGGUGAUUGACUUCAGAGACAGUGAAAGCACACAGUUUAGAACUGAAGCUUAUCAUUAUGGAUAUAUUUUGAAAUGCAUAUGUCAUUGAAAUAGUUUUUUUGACAUCAAAAUACAGUUUCACCAUAAGAAAAUGAAUCUGCCAUGUAGAAUGUGCAUAUCAAAUUCAUGUGUGUUACAUUAAUGUAACACAGAAAAAUGGAAGGCAGAAGAGUGAGUGAUUGACAUUGACAAGACUCAAAGGACUGAACAAAAUUGGCCUUCAAGCUUCUAUUUCUAUCCUAAAGGCGCUGGUUCUGCACUCAGGCCUGUGUGCUGUGACUCCUGGCGAAUCUCUCAGCCGACUUCGGUCCUUUGCUGAGCCAAACCCUAAACUACCUGUAGCCUGGACCCUCUGAGAACCUGCUCUAUUCUCUCCAAGGACCCCUAACCCUAAGUAUGCAAAUCAACAGAGCUCCAAUCAGGGCUAAUGCUGUCUCAUGAUUCAAACUAUCACUAAUCCAAGUAAUCCUAAAUUCAUCCAAAUCCAAGUUAAUGUAGGUUAAUAUGUUAGAGCAUAUUCACUCACUAUCAUCAACUGCAAUAGUCAUUGCCUGACUCAGAAUUUUUCAUUCACUCAUCAUUAUUCCUUAUGUUUUAUUUAUCAUUUAUUGUUUUUAUUUUGUCACAUUAUUUAUCCUGUAAUAAACAGAUGAUUUAUUUUUCAAAGUUCUUGUCUGUCUGUGUUCCUCCAGAAGUGGAGUCCCUGAAAUGAGAAUUCUAACUUGAGAUUUUAGAUUGAUUUAAUGUUUAAUUUCUGAAUUAAACUUUUUUUUUUAUUUUAUUUUCCCACCAUGUGGUCCCCCUAUCAAUAAGUGCAUGAAUGUCAUAUUUUUUUAUAACAGAUUGAAAAUUGAAAUUGCUACAUCAGUUUACACAGUUUGUCUCUACAUCUACAAGUUAAAGUUCAAACUCUGACAUGCGUAGCCAAAGCCAGAUAUAAACAACACGUAGAUACACUGCUGGCUGCUCUGGACCCAAGCUCAUCUGAGUGGACUGACACAGAGUGGAAAAGUCUCCUGUGGUCUGACAAGUCCAUAUUUCAGAUUUUUUUUUUUUUUUAAAUCAUGGAUGUGGUGUCCUCUGGGCUAAAAAGAAAAAGGAACAUUCAGAUAAUUAUCAGGUCAAAGUUCAAAGCCAGCAUCUGUCAUGGUCUGGAGGUGUGUUAAUGUCAAUGGCUAACUGUCACAUCUGUGAAGCCUCCAUUAAUGCUGAAAGGUACAUACAGGUUUAGGAACAACAUCUGCUGCCAUCCAAGCCACAUCUUUUUCAGGGACAUCACUGUUUAUUUCAGCGAGACAACAACAAGACACAUUCUGUAUGUGUUACAACAGUUGGGCUUUGUAGUUUAAGAGUGCAGGUACUAGACUACCUUACCUGCAGUCCAGACCUGUCUCCCAAUGAAAAUGUGUGAUACCUUACGAAGUGCAAAAUAUGACAGCAGCGACCCCGGACUGUUGAGCAACUGAAGUCAUCCAUCAGGCAAGAAUGGUAAAGAAUUUCACCUCCAAAGCUUCAACAGUCAGCGUCUUCAGUUCCCAAACACUUACUGAGUGUUGUUAAAUGGAAAGAUAAUGUAACACAGCUGUAAACAUGACCCUGUCUCAGCUGUUUUGGAACAUGUUCCAGGCAUCAAUUUAAAAUGAGUGAAUACUUUCAAAAAGAAAAAAAGAUUUAAGUUUAUCAGGUUAAACAUCAAAUAUCUUGUCAUUUUAGUGUAUUCAAUAUUCAUGUUUUAGAAAACAUCCCAACUUCAUCAGAAUUGGGGUUUGUAGUUGAAUGCCUGAACAGAAGUAGUUAUAGUAAUGUCUAAAACUUCUACUUUAUUCGAGUGACCUCUGCCUGUCAACAAAAACAAGGCUUCUGUGGGUAUGUUUUCUUCAUCACAACCUUGUAGCUAAUCCGGCUGUCCAACAAGAUAACCUGUCGGGCAGAAAAAUCACCUGAGUCAUAGAGUAAGCUUUAAUUGUGGCUCUUACCUCUUCAUACAGAGAAGGAGUGAAAACUGUAACACACAGGCUUUCACCACUUAACAUGUACCUAUUCACAGUGUGACUACAUGCACAUAAAAUCUGUUUUUAUUGCACAAAAGAAAUCCUUUUACAUGUAAAUAACCUUAAGUAAAAAAGAAAGGACUGGAUAGAGGCAGUCAAAAGUAACACUGCUGUAUUCAGUGCAAACUUCAUAUAUUGUGUUUUCACUGUUGAGUGGAUGGAUUACAUUGUGUGCUUUAAGGAUUAUCAUUAACCUCUAAUCAGAAAACGAUGUUAUUCGAUUCAUAUCCUGUGAUAAAUUGGUUAUGGUCAACGUGUAGAGUCACUGCAUGCUCAGUGUAUCUGAAGUGUGUAUUUCAGGGACUUCAGUCGGGCAGUCAUCACACAUUGGGUUUAUGGAGGAGCCUAUUCUUUCAGAAAUGUAUCCAAGGGCUGUGAGAAGGGGAGAGUAGUUAAUGAUGAUGCACUUGAAUUCUGAAAACUGUACAUAGGUUAUUGGAUCAUUUGAGAGAAGAGACAUUUUACUGUGCUUUCUGGCUAGAGAGGAAAAAUAAAGGUGGUUUUAUGGAAAGGGGAGCUGGAGUAAACACAGAGGGUCUCUGUCUGUUUGAAUGUUUGUGCUGGAAGAAAGUGAGAAGGACAAAGCUCCAAUAAAAAGGAGUGAGCAGGAAAUCUUUGGGAGAGACAGGCUUUUAUUUUUCCAAAGUUUGACUUAACACUCUUACAGUGUCAUUUAGCAGACGUCCAAAGUAAUGUACAUUUUUAGUGCAAGUACAACACAGGCGCGAUCUAGAUAGAGGCAAUCAACACAAAACUGAUGUUUUUCACUGACCUUAAGUUAAUGAUGUGUGAUUUUGUGAAAGUAAACCAUGUAAAUCUGGCCUUUCUUCCCUUACAGGCAGUCCAUCCAGGUUUGUCUCUGUGGAGGAGCUGAUGGGGGCAGCUAAAGGAGUUACAAACAUGGCUUUGGCUCAUGAGAUCAUGGUCAACCAAGCUUUCCAAGUCAAACCUGUGGAGCUUCCUGAAGGCAGGUGAGUGUUUCAUUAGAUUGUUUCAUUCUCUGAGACAUUUGACCUCAAGUUUGUUUUUUGCUGUAGAAACCAACAUAAUCUCUCAUGCCCCUGUAUAGCUUGGAGCGCAAAGUGAAGGAAAUUAUGCAAAAAGCAUUCUGGGAUUGUUUAGAGUCCCAGCUGAAGGAGGAUCCACCAGUGUAUGGACACGCUAUUAAACUGCUGGCUGAGAUUAAAGAGGUAAAGCAGAUAUUGACACAAUAUUGACACCAGGCAAGAAGUAAGAUCUAGUUGAAUUCGUCAUCAUUAUCAGUAAUCAUGUACAACUUUAAGAAAAGAUGUGUAAAUUCAUCGUUUCCUUGUAUUCAUAUGAAAAUAGAGCAAAGACACCCCCCCCCCCACACACACACACACACACACACACACACACACACUACUUUAAGAGACUUUGGCUACAGUAUUGGGUGCAACGAAUGUUUGUUGCAUGACUCACAAAUACAGCCACCCAAACUACACCCCUAUCCCGACCAUGUAAUCCUGAUCCACAAAUGCCAUCAACUACUAUGGGCAUGACCCCAUAAAAAUGGGUUGAGGUGCAGAUUGAGGUGAAGAGUCAGUUACCCUUGGCCAUAGUAUUGGCACCCAAUACAUAAGACAUGUUUGAAUUAGUCGACCAUAUCUUUACAAACCAAGCAUCUCUUUUUUGGUGGGCUGUUCAAAGCAAAUCGUGUAUUUUCUUUUCUAAUUUGGCCUCAGGUACCUAAAGGGCUAUAGAGACCCUUUGUUUAGAUGUCCAGCAUGUUGGAUUACCAGCUCUACCCUGACCUUUUUUAUUCAUGUCCUUUUUUCCGACCUGUCAUCAUUUAUACAUUUUACCUCACCCACCCAGACACUGCUGUCCUUCUUGCAACCGGGCCAAGGACGUUUGCACUCCCACAUUGAAGAGGUUCUGGACCUGGCUCUGAUACACCAGCAGGCUGAUAAAGGAGCACUCGACAUGGGUCAACUGUCCCAUUUUAUCAUUGGGAUGAUGAGUUCACUUUGUGCCCCCUGCAGAGACGAAGACAUAAACAAGCUGAGGGACAUCACAGACACUGUUCUUCUACUCAAGUAAGCCUGAGCACAAGAUGGAGAUUAGUGUCAGUCACACAUGUUGAAGGUUUGUUUUUACUGAGGUUCUAGUUUUAAGGUUUCCAGUUUACUUUUGGGAAAGGAAAAUAUAAGGUUAGCUGUAAAGUCCCUCGAGUUAAAGUCAUAGGACUAACAGUUAUUCCUUCAGUUGAUAAUUCUUACAGCUGUUGGUUAUUAGUUAGGAACUAAUAAACAGACAGCAACCCAAACUACACCCCUAUCCUGACAUCUGCCCCUGUCAGACUCACAGUUUAAGCCUGCAGUACAAUUUACAGAUUACAUGUAAGUGCUCUUAACAGAGUGGCUCUGAAGGAGCCAUGUGGACUUAUCAAAACCUGUAAGCAAAAGAUGUUACUAAACAGUGUCAAUCAAGGAGGAAGCACUCCAAUUCUCACCAAGUACCUCAGUAACAGAUAGUUGGACUGCUUUAAGGAAUACAAAACUUGACAGGUUAGCAUAUAAGCUAGUGGACUAGCUAGCUAGUAAGUAGGAUGGAGAUAAGCUGUCCUACAGUAGUAUAUAGGUUUGAACAGUAUCUGUUGUAUUCAAAGCUGGCUAAGACACUUAGACAAAAACUGUAGGCACAGCAGAGGGCAUGUGUGAACCAUGGGUACUAUGAAGUCUCUUUAACAGCUACUAUUAGUUUUGAAGCCUGUAAAUGGCAGUUGACCUUGUACAAGGCAAAGAGGUACUCACUUACAGCUAAAGUGGGCCUGCCUGUCAGUCAAGUCGCUAUGCCCCUAUUUUUACAAGUAUUCACACUUCACGCUGGUAGAAUGUAACUAGGUUGUUAGUAGAGCUUUAAAAUGCAAAAAGAAAAAACAGAUUAUCUAAGGUUUAAGACCACAGACCCCCACAAAAACCCUAAAUGGAACUGAAACUGUCAAAAAAAAAGGACAAAAAAGUAGUCAGUAGCCUCACCGUUCUUGUUCAUCACGAUGUUUCUUUUUUAAAAACCCUGUAUGGUCUCUAAGAACAGGCAGUGCUGACUGUCAUUUUCUGUAUGCAAAACACUUCGGGCCUAAUUCACAAGGAUUGCCCAGCUUUUGUAUCACUAAGCUUGUGCAAAUGAGCAAAAAAAAAAAAAAAGAUCUUAAAGCAUGCACUAAAGAUAUCAUGCAGCACAGACUGUGCUGCAGAGAAAAUAGUGUCUCUGUUUACUGGUGUUGUUUGCAUACAGUCCAAUAAGCCUCUAGCAUUAAUUCUAAUGAGUCGUUCAGCAAGACAUGUCUUCUGUACAACAGUUCUGGUGUGAACAGCGUAGGCAGUUGAGGUGAACCUUUUAUUGCCUGCCAAGAGUUGUUAAUCUGUGCUGUGGUAUUCAUAAGGGAUGUCUCAAACCCAGCUGUACCUCUCAGAAACCUAAAAAUAAUACAGGUUUAUAUGAGGUAUGUAACUCAUACUUCUAUGAUAAUUAUAAUGAUCAGGGAUUUCAUCAGUCCGGGGCUAUACCCCAGCACACAAGGGCUGUGCUGCUGAUACGCUGGUCUCAUUAGUAGCAUUUGGAUGGACUAAGACACUGUCAAGGUGCAGAGAGCAGAGCUGCUUUUGGCACAUCUCCACAGUCAGAUGCAUAAGAACAGUGGACAGCACACAGCUGCAGAACUAGGUGUUGCGUGCCUAAAUAUUAUCAGUGCAUUAUGUUUUGUAAACACACCGAGAGACCAUGAGAUGAAAAGUUGGACCCAAAGUUUUAGUUUGAAUCUGAAACAACACCAGCCCAAAAGAUCCCUAUUAUUCCUUUUCUGAAAGAGAAGUAAAACCGGGCUACAAGUGUACUUGAAUUUCAUGACUAACAUUAUCUGUCUUUGUAUCUGUGCCUUUCUCUCUCUACCAACCUCUCUCUUAGGGAAAUAUUCUCUGUGCUGGAUAUGAUGAAGGUGGACAUGGCUAACUUUGCUCUGAGCAGCAUCAGGCCUUAUCUGAUGCAGCAAUCAGCUGAGUAUGAAAGGAGCAAGUUUCAAGACUUUCUGGAGAAGCAACCCAGUAAAGAUUAGACACAAACACACACAACUAUAUAUGUAUUUCACAUCACACAAUGGAAUGGCAUUCCAACACUACAUCAAAUAAUUUGUCUCUUUUAGAUGCCUUAGACUAUACCGAGAAGUGGCUUGAGAACUCAGCAAGAUCAUUGAGAGAGACCAGGGUAACUGGCUCAAAUAACGCCUCCUCAGACCCUUCUCCACUCAGCAUACUUGAUGUCCAUAAUUAUGCCUAUCUCCUCCUCCUGAGGUGGGACCAUUCCUCAGACCCAUUUCCAGAGGUAAAGACUGUUCGUUUCAAAGCCUGUCUGUUAAUUACCCAAAUCAUUCAACUUAUCCUUCUUUUUGUUGAUGCAAACACAAACUGUACCUCAUCCCUCUUGUUUCCAGACUGUGUUGAUGGAUCAGGUCCGGUUCCAGAAAAUGCAGCAGGAAGCUGAGCAGUUGAUUCUGCUCUCCUCUGUGCUUCUUAUUGUCUGUACAUCCACAGGGGAAGCUAUCUCAGGCCUGCCAGGGUUUAAGGAGACUCUCAAGAACACUGUCAGUGCCAUUCUUCCCAACGUGCACACACCGUGAGUACGAGUGCUGUUGUUGUAACUUGUAUGUUUAUCAUGGUCCCGCAGCGGUCGUGGGUUCAAGUCUGGCCCUGACCAUGGGCUGCAUGUCCUCCCCUUUCUCUCUAUCUCCCCACAUUUCCUAUCAAAUAAAGACAAAAAUUGCCAGAAUAAAAAGAACCAAGACUUCAGUUGGCACCAUACUGUAGGAGACUUAAAAAAAGAAAAAACAAUAAAAACUAGCUCAUUUAGGUUGAAUAAACAAAUACUGGUAAAGUCAAUGAGUCAAAGAAGACGGUAUAACUGCUCCCAAAGGUUUUCUUCUGGUACAGAAAAGCCACGCUCCAACUCAUUUUUGACAUAGAUUUAUUUUCUUCUCUUCAAUGGCAAAAAUUGUGAAAAACUAACUGAAAUACACAGAAACAAGAAUUGAUAAGUAUCAAAUAAUCAUCAAACUUAAAUUAAAUGUCCAUACAAAAGAAAAUGCAUCACAUACCAUGUGCCCCUUCAGGCCAGAAAUUUAGGAGGUGUCUCGUCAGCCAUCAAGCCUCAUCACCAUUGCCUCACCCAUGUUGCUUGCUUCUGACUGCACAUGUAUUUUCUUAAUUGGUCAUGUGCUUAAUAUCCAAUACAAUAAACAAUUUUUACCACUUGGUGUCAGUAACUCACCAUCAACUUAUGCACAUCAGAAAACACAACCUUUUUCUGUUAUAAACAAAGAAAGAAACACAUCCCUCUGUGACAGAUACAAAUGGAGCACAAGGAGAGGCUGAACAAGAAAGAAACCACGACUUCUUUAUGAACCUGUGUGGUGAGGGAAGCAAGCCCUGACACUCUGACCCUGACACAGUGGAGGGAAAGGGUCAAAGCUGUCUUUAUCAUGGAAAAAAUCACAGCAAGACUACUUCUUGACACAAACAGGAUUUCCAUAUUAUAGUCUCCAGUUAUACGGACGAUGUCAGAGCUCAAAUCACCCCUGUCUUAGUAUUUUUUACUUUAUUUAUUUAUUUGUAUAUUUAUUUAUUCAAUUACUUAUUUUCAAUCCAGUUUUAUUCGCCGAUUAUCUUAAAAGCACUUGUGUGGUGUGAAGUGAGGUUUAGAUAUGCUGUUAAAUAAGACUGAGAUACAAAGACUUUGUGUUCAUUGCAAGGGUCACGUGUUGUUAGAAUGCAGGACGGACACCCAGGGCUGGAAGUCUAUUAUCCUUAGCUGCUCUUGAGGAAUUGCAAGAUUGUCCAAGGCCAUAUACCUGGUAAGGGGCAGACUAGCUCUCAGCAAAACUUCAAUUUGUCUCCUAAACAGAGCAUGGUGUUUGCAAAGGUUUUUACUUGAUCUGGCAACUUAAAAUCUCAAAAUGAAUGUCUUUUGUGACAAGAAUAUCGAAGAAACAGUGCGAGUGAGAAACAGCCUGCUCUUUGUGGGACUGACACUGAAGCUCAAGCAGUUUAGGCAGCUUUGCCGCCUUCUAGGGUUGCAUAGGAACAAAACCUUCAAAAUAUGCAAACACCCUGAGAGCUGUGAUUUGCAAUGGAUUUGGGAGUGCUUCCUCCUCACACUUGCUUAAUUCCCUCAUGGCCAGUGACAGCCUGAAUGGCAGUCUGAUAUUUGUACGACUCACUGAAAAGUUAACCUCAGGUACUUUCUGUGCGCUGGAUUUAUGCUUGGAUUGAAUAUAAACUAAAGCUAAUUGUAAUUUUCCAGAAGGAGAAACAAUGUGCUUCCCUUUUUCCAGAUACUAAGAUAAUGGGUUUCAUUCGUGAAUCUUAAUCUGUCUGCAAAUAAGUACUGAGAAACCUACCAUGAAUUCAAGAACGUAGCAUAAAUCUGUGAUUUGAUCGAAGGCAUGUAUGUUAAUGACUGCCAAUACGUCAAAGCAUAACAGCACACUCCAGCUGGUCAGCAAUCAGUGACCACCAUGUAAAGAGGUGUGGAGAUCAUGUGCAUCUGUUUAAGAUGAGUUAGUUUUCUUCUGUGAGUAGUGUGACAAUUGUCCAAGUCACUGUGCAGGCUUGAGUAUCAGCCAGCUCCCACUUGUUUUGUUAAUGCACUGGCAUAGAUUGCAUGUGAAGUUCCUGAGGACAUAUGCAGUUUUGUAAAUAGUCUAUACUUUGAUGAAUAAGCUCGUCAUUUCCCACCGCUCCAUUUUCUGAUUGAGUGCCUUCUGUGUUGUUGUGCAGUAUAUACACAUACUUUACAUCAAAUGUUUACAAUUUACAACAACGAUCACUGAGUGCAGCAGACCAUUUCGUUUAAGUAAUAAUCAUUGUUGUGGCUUUCCUUGUUGUUGUCAAAGCCCCAUGAAAGGCAGGGUUUCAUACAGGAAUGAACGACGAGAUGUAUCCAGUUCAAAAACUAAGUUUACUUUAAGAAUAACCAAAAUACAUCCAAAACUCUGUCACUCUGUAGAAAAACUAUGUGCUCCCGUACACAGCUCUCGUCUAACUGAGGCCGUCGGUGACGUAAUCACGUUCAAAUACACGCACUCUAGAAAUAGCACGUAUAGAUAUACAAUGAAAACUAUGAAAUAAUGAAAUUCAAUUAUAAUCUCAAAUUAUUAUUCUUUACUAUAAAUUAUGGCUCCUACAAUCAUCAUAACAAUCAUUUUGCACUGCAGACCUGGUAGUUUUUCUGCCUUAGCGUCUCGGUCUGAUUGCGUUUCCAUAAAGAAAUUAUCAUAAAUGUACUUCUUUGAGCUGCGAAACUCUGCUGCACUUGGUUAUCGACUCAUCAGGGCUCCCCCCACAAACAAGCGGCUGCUGGAAUAGAGUGGGUGAGUUGUGUUUAGUCUCUUUGCUAAAGAAACCAGGCAAAGUUAAAAAGAUGUUUGAUGGCUAGUACUAUGGCUGGGACCCUAUAUGUACAUUUGAUGAAGUUAGGUGCUGUUCUGAGCAUUAUUUGUGGCUAUAGAGUGGCUCUUUGGUUGAGGUUUGUGCGUGGAGACAUACACCGCUGUGUAUUACUAUCGUGCAGUCAUUACUAAAGUUGAUAUCACUGAAGAAGCAAGCAGUUGGCAACAUUCAUCUCUCAAGGGGGUGUCUAACUCUGUGUUACGGUGUGUUUGGCCAUAACUUAAAUGUACGCCAGAAUAUCCCUUUAAGUUGUUUUGAACAACCCAUCUCAAACCUGCUAAAUGCUAACUAACUUAGUUAAAUGUGUGGUGCUUCUAUUUCAAGGCCAGAGUGGAUAGUGCGAUGUUGCCUUUAAUCAGCAGGGAGGGCUGUAACUUAACCAGGUUAAACUUUUCAGGACAUCAACACAUGGAGAUGUGUCGAUGCUUAUACCUUCAUUAAACCUGUGAAACUUGAUAUGACUGGACAAUGUAUUUGAAAAAUUAGCUCAAAGGUAUGCCAUGGACGUAAUUAUACAUUAAAUAAGGAGGAGACACAAUAACUUCCUGUUAUAUGAUGUGACAUCACAGUUUUAUGACCUACCGAGGCCUGUCCUUGGUCACAUCGGGCUAAAAACCAUGUAUGCGAGGUUUGAUGGAGAAAGUUAUGAUAACACUCAAUAUGUUGGUAGUUUCUUGCACUCAACUUCCUCUGUUUGAACCUAGCCACUACAUGUCGCACAUUGCCUCAUACUUCUGCUUAAUAAGGUCACGAUAUGCAUUUAUUUCAGUUCCUACUGAUUCAUCAAGAAAGUACAAACCAAGAGUGCGUGAGUUUAAAGCUAGUGUUAUGUAGCAAGAGGGCAUUAUUACGUUUAGUUGCGACAAUGCCAUCUAAGGGAAGUUCACCCCCAGGAAUCCUAAAACCAAUUUAAAGUGAGAAACUAUAUUCAAGGUCUAAUUAACUGUUCAAUUUCAAAAGAAAGGAUACAUUUUAUUUAACAAGUAACAAUACAAAUUUUUUUAACAAUUAACAAAAGCAGAUUAUUUCCUCAUAAUCAUAAAAAAUACCACCACCCGGGAAACUGGACUGUCACAAUGGACACUCAGCACCUGAACACAGGGAGAGAAGAAUGAUUGAAAUGAGCCAUAGUGAUCAAGGAUAAUAAAAAAAAAAAAGACAUCAACCAAAAGAACAAAAUAAAAAAUUAACACGGGCAAAAAUUUCUCCAACACACUUAAAAAGAAUUUUAAGUAAAGUGUAAAGGUUAUAUCAGGUCAACUAAUAAAACAGCACAGAACACCUCCAGGUGGUGUUGUCUCGCUUAUAAAACAGAAUUUCAAUAUGCCCUCCUAGGAAAAGUUAGUAUUUAAACAUUAACUUUUAAACAAGUUGUGUUUCUUUACUUACAUGCUCCAUUUUCUGCUUUUUCAAGGUCAUUUAGUGUACAGGAGGCCUUAGCGACCAUUGGAGAAAAACUGUGUGUGGAUCUGUGUCAGUGUCUGAGCCAGCAUGGACACCCUCCCCUCUCAGCCGAACAACAGAAUACUUUAAAGGGACAAAUCUCAGCCACCAUCCAGAUGGACAACACAGUCCGCAAGCUGAUAGGUAAGAAGAGAGACACAAUAGUUUGACUGGGUCCAUAUAGUCUUUAAGAUCUGUUUAUGGGCAUUGUUCCUUUAUUAGAUAGGACAGCUGAAGAGAGACGGGAGACACUGGGAGCAGGGAGUGGGGGAAGAUAUACAGUAAAGGGUCAACGCCAGGUGUGAACCAGCAACUGCUGCAACAAGGACUAGAGCCUCUAUAUGUGGGGCACUCAGACCGCUGGGCCAUCAGUGCCCUGAUGUAGUGUUUUCAAAAAAAGUGUUUUCUCAAAAAUUUCAGCAUCAUUUUUAGAUUUAAAUCAAACAUACCAUCCUUUGAAUAUGAAUAAAAUGAGUUGGAAAUCUAGAUUUGUUUAAUGUCCGACAUAGUCGGCAAACUCUAGUCCACUUUCCUAGCCUAGCCAGUCAUGGCAGACAGCUGUUUAUGGAUGAGUUAGGUUUUAGCCUAUUAAAACAAAAGUGUUUGCUGCAGCUGAUACUGGUGCAUCAAUGUGAAGUUAAUACAAAUAAUUGCAUAAUUAUGAUAGUUGUAAGUACUGUGCUGUCCUGUGGAAAUUUGAGUUAGACAAGCCAACAGCUCAUGGCUUACCAUGUGGUUAAUGUUCACAUUUAUUUUGCAGUGGCAGAAAUGUCUGUGCUGCUACUACAACUGUUUUUCUGUCAUUAUCUCUUAGACUCCCGGGUUCGGGGCUAUCUCUUGGCUACCCUUGAGUCCAGUCAACACAAAACCCCGCCUCCUCUCCCUGGAGGUCUGACUCCAAUCAGCAGAGAGCUGAAGGAGCUUGCUGUUUGCUUCAGUCGCCUCGUCAACUUCAAUAAGCUCGUCUUCUCUCCAUUCUACCAAAAGAUUCUCCAUAAAAUACUGGCAGCAGAGGAGGUCCCAAGCACAGAGACAUAAACACUGAAAUGUAAAGACCAGUCUGUUAUUCUAACAAUUUUCCUCACUGUUAACUUUUGAUAUUGGGAGGGAGCUUACCUUAGAGUUGCAUCAUAAAUCGUCAUAGUCUAAAAACACUGAGUAUAAGUAAAUUUCCAACCAUGCUAUUUAAGACAGGCACGCACCAAUCUAUAACUACAAAAGGUGGGAAGACUAUUUAACUAUUUACCACUCAUUCAUUGUUCUGUUUACUUUAAAGAAAACACCUGUGAUGAUCAAACAUUAGUAUAUUGUUGAAUUGACUGUGUGCUCCUAAGAUCUUUCCUUUUGAUGACUUAUUCCGUCCUACUUCUGAGACAUCACUGGCUGGUCUGAAGUGCAAACAUCACCUUUGUCUGAAAGGAAGCAUGUACUGUAGCAGAGGUGGACAUGCUUCUGACGAUAAUUUUAUGUAAACUGGGACAAAGACAGUAGUCCAGUUAAAUCACAUAAUCGAGCUAUAACCGAGUUAAGUGUACAUGACUGUCUACCACCCUGGCUGUAUUUAAUGUAAUUAACGUUAUUGAUUUAAAACUCAGGCCUGAAAACAGUGACCUUGCAGUAGCUAUUUUGGCUUAAGUUGUGUUCAAUUUGAAUUGCACUAAUCUCCAUACUGCCCACCCCUACCAGCUUUCCCCAUACCACUAGUCCUAUCUUUUUCUGACAACCCUAUCUUUUGAAAUGUAGUUUUCUUUUGAUAAAAACCACCAUUUAUUCCAUGCCUCACUCAGAAUCAUUACACAUUUGAAAUGUAUUUAGUAAAGAAAGAAAUUCAAAACCAAAAUGAAUAGUGUUCAAGGAAUUUUCUUUCCUCUUGUUUCUGUCAUAUGCUAACUGUAUGGAAAAUAAUAUUCGUGCUUUAAUGUCAACAUUGUCUUCACAUCAAACGAGAAACAUGUUACUGCAGUUUCAAGUAUAACAUACCCUGAGUAUUCUAUAAACACACAUAUUUCCAGACAUGUCUGUAACAUGUCCUGUCCACCUGUCAAGUUCGAAGGCAAUUACACCUGAGAUGAUAAGUGGGAAGUCUGUUUUAAGGGGGUACAAGUUUCCUUCUCUAGGUUAAUAAUAUUGAGUAAAUGCAAUUACUCUAAGUAGAACCACUCAGAGGUUUUGGCUACAGCUGUGGGUUAAAAGGAUAUUCUGGCGUAAAUUUAAGCUAUGGUCAAACACACUGUAACACCGAGUUUGACACCCCCUCGAGGGAUAAAUGUUGCCGACUGCUUGCUUCUAUGGUUUUACCAACUUAAGCAAGGACUGCAUAAUAGCAAUACACAGCGGUCUACAUCUCCACAUGCAAACCUCAACCAAAGAGCCACUCUAUAGCCACAAAAAAUGCUCAGAACAGCACCUAACUUCAUCAACAGUACAUAUAGGGUCCCAGCCAUAGUUCUAGCCAUCAAACAUCUUUUUAGCUUUGCCUUAUUUCUUUAGCAAAGAGACUAAACACAACUCACCCACUCUCCUCCAGCAGCCGCUUGUUUGUGGGGGGAGCACUGACGAGCCAGUGUGUUUGACCAUAACUUAAAUUUACGCCAGAAUAUCCCUUUAAGUAUCCAAGUGUACUUUAAAAACACGCAGUCCUAAAACACAGCUACUGAUCAAGUUUGAUUGACUUCUCUCUGACUGUUGUACCCUAUGGUGUAUGCGUGAGACAAUACAUACCAAUGUUUUACAUCAGGCUUAGUUUUGAAGCAUCUUCAGUGACUCUAGGGGGGCAGCUGUGGCUCAGCGGCGGAGUCCAGAAAGGUCGGGAGUUCAAAACCAGGUUUUGCUGUCAAAAGGCCCAAAGUGUGGUUGAGCACCAGACUACUCCUAGUAACUGUGCCAAGAGCAUCUGAAUAGGGUCAGUCAAUACUCAGGCGUUUUAAAGUGCAGCCCCUGUUAUCAGUGUACGAACGCUGGGUGGAUGGGUAAACAUGAUGUAACAGUCUGUAAAGUGGUCAGGAGAGCAGAGAAAGCGCACACAUACGUAAAUACAGUCCACUUACUGUUUAUCAUUGAGGAAAUAAUAAUUGUUCUCUUUCAGGAGUGAUUGUUUCACACAUGCCUGAAUUAAAAGCAGUUGUGUAGAUAAUAUUGGUUAUUACACCAUAUACCGUAAUUUAGUUUAUUCAUGAACCUUGUAGGUUGUUUUUUUUCCUGCCCAGCUACAGCCAAAAGUAUAAUAAAGGACAGCUUUCAAGCAAAUAGACUCAGUUAUAAUUUAAGGACAAUGACAUACCAGUCUCUAAAUGCUUGUUGCAUAGCACGUCAAAUAAUGCUGGUGUUUAUGGUAUCUGUCUACAGCAUAUCCCCAUAGAGUCCUUAUUUAUUUGAAAGAGGAUAGUUUAGUAAUAAACAAAGAAGGGCAUAAAACACUUUCUGCACAGUCAAGUUUCAGUCUUUGAGGGCAGCUGCAUGCCUCAGCCAAGACACUUAGUAUUAUAAUUAACAAUUUAAAAAAAUGGCUUAGAACAGGGUUUACUUAAAUAAUAAUAAUAAUAAUAAUAAUAUAAUAAUAAUAAUAAUAAUUAUUAUUAUUAUUAUUAUUGAAGCAUAGGGGAGACCGGGGCUUAUUGUCACACUUUUUACACUCUUAUAUAUUUCUUAGAAUCAAUACAUCAUAUAUAAACAAAAUGUGUACCAGAUGAAAGACCAAAGUCUCAGGUAUAUAUUUUGUAUUCCUGUCAUUUUCAUAUCUUGUGUCAGUGCAGAGUUAUAAGCAAUCAAACAGAGAGUGUGAACAUGUGACAUGUUGCCCCACCGUCAGGUAAGUUAUCUCACCAUGUGGGGUUAAAUGUCACAGUGGAUUUUGCAGCUAACAAGACAAGGACAAAAUUAUUGUUGUUCUCAUUUUUUAUUUGAAAGUGAACAUCAAAGUCAGGCACAGAAAAUGUUUAUCAUUGAGCUAGAAAAAGUCAUUGAACAAAUGUUAACAUGAAAUAUUACGCAACAUGCUGGAUUAAAAUCCGUAGGAACUGCUGGCACGUAGGCUAUGGCUCUCAAUGUUAAAUGCCUGUUUUACCCUUUUUAAACUGAGAAAUCCAGAUUGAAUUGAAUUACCAAAAAAAAAAAAAGAAUCAUGAAACUCAAAACAGUCCUGAAAAUGUGGACAUAGUUCCAACAAGUGGAAGAUCCAUUCAUAAAAACUCAUAAUAUACUCAACUUACAGUUCCAACUGUGCACUCAAAACCUGCCAUUGUGAUUUGUACCCAACCACUCUUCUGGGGACAUCUGUCUGACUCUGUGUUUCAGCUGGGGUGAAUGUUUUGCAGUACCGAACUAAGGUAUGGUAGUUGACAUUAAAGUCCUUUAUUGUACUCCAGAUUGAUUUAUUAGCUAGGGUCACUUGCCUGACUGCCCUCAGCAUCAAGUCACUGCACUGCCAGGUUCUGUUUUUCUUUUGUAAUUCCUAACCAUGUCUUCUUCCUUUCUCCUCUCCUUAAACCACUCUUUUUUCUGUAAAAAAAAGUACAAAUUUCAACAUGAUGUCAUGAAUAAGAGUUAAACAAAAAGGAAAAGGACCCAAAUGCAGACAAAAAAAGGAUUUAAUUUAAAAAGAAUUAAAUAGGAAGCAACAAAAACUUACCUUAAAUCUAUAAACAGCGACAGGACUACUGGGGAACAGAAACACUAGGAAAAAACUUAGAAAAUACACUCAAAUAAAAAAAACUGGGAAAACUAAAUACCAGAACAUAUCAUGACAACUGCUGAUAAGCAAACUGUGUAUGUUAAUUUUAAUCCUUUUAAACUUGUUAUUCUGGGGUAAGUUAUUACAUGUGUUGACUAACCCCAGAAUAACUGAAACAUGUUUCCCACAACUGCCAUGUUUGCUGAUUAGAGCUCUAGUUCAAAGUUAUCUUAAAACAGAACAAUGACUGAAGUAUGAAAGGAUGCCUUAAUCUCUCCUCUAACAAGUCCACAUGUUUCACUGCUGGGAUUUUUAUCUGUAAGAAGCUUAUUUCAAAAUCUAUAAAGUUAGAAAAAUUUUACCUUGGGUUGUGCAAAAUGAUUUAUUGGCGCUCAUCUCACAAUGUGCUUUUUUCUUCUCAGACAGGACACGACCCCUGACCAUGUAAAGGAAUGAAAUUAGUAUUCCACUUUUUAGUUGCACCCCCAGGUGGAGAAGAUAAUUGCAAUGUGACAACUUACCCAUGUGACAACAAGUCCCAGUCUCCCCUCCAACAGGCAAACUGUCUUUCUGCAGAGGUUUCGGCAUGCUGAAAAUCUGAUGUGAUGCAUAUUUAAACGCAGGAUCCAAGAAUGCCUUCCACAAGAUUUAUUUACAAUUUUUGCAGGUCACGGGUCUUCAGAGAAUGAAUGAUUAAAUCUAAAGAAAGGUUAAAAUGAAAGAUGAACAUUUUAAGUAAUCUCAAAAUAUAGCCGGAUCAUGGUGUUAUCUUGUUAUCUUCUCAUUUCCUUUUUGGUCUUGUUUGCCUUGUCUCACCUUGCUGUGUCUUGUUCUUUGUCAUUGUUGUCCAUUGUCAGUGUGUUUCUUUUGGCCAUUUCUGUGGGAUUCUUGUGCAAUAUGGGUAUGUGCAAUGUGUGUAUGUGCAAUGUGCGUGUGUUGUGUGACUGCGUCUUGCUUAGGUCUAGUACUUUGUGUCAUCAGUUGGCAGCUUUAUCUGUGCAGCUCUUGGAGUCCAAGACAAAUUUCCCUAAGGGGACAAUAAAGUGUAUUGUAUUGUAUCGUAUCAAUCAAACAUCUGCCAAUAAUAAAUAAUAUGCAUUAAACUCAUCAUUUAUGCAUCCA